CAGGGGGCAGCUGGGGGGGGCCGCUUUGAAGAAGUUUAGGGGGGAAAAGUUUGGAAAAGUUUCUAUAAUAACGAGGGGGCAUCCGAAGGAGGCGGCCGCGGCGGAGGAGGGGGCGCUGGGGGAGAGGGCGGGCGGGCGCCGCGCGGAGAGGACGGCAGGCCCCUGCACCCCCCCUCCCGCCCCGGACGCGACCUGGGGACCCGGGCCGGACCCAUGGGGGCCGCGAGCUGCGAGGAUGAGGAGCUGGAGUUCAAGCUGGUGUUCGGGGAGGAGAAGGAGGCCCCCGCGCUGGGCGCCGGGGGGGCCGGGGAAGAGCCGGACCCCGAGGAUGCGCCGCCGCCGCCGCCGUGCUGCCGCCUGGCUGGGGAGCCCCCGCCCUACGGCGCGGCCCCCAUCGGCAUCCCCCGGCCCCCGCCGCCGCGGCCGGGCAUGCACUCGCCCCCGCCGCGCCCCGCGCCCUCGCCGGGCACCUGGGAGAGCCAGCCCGCGCGGUCGGUGCGGCUGGGGGGCCCCGCGGAGGGCGCGGGGGGCGCGGGCGGCGGCCGCGUGCUCGAGUGCCCCAGCAUCCGCAUCACCUCCAUCUCCCCGACGCCCGAGCCGCCGCCCGCGCCGCCCGAGGAGCACGCGGACGCCUGGGGCGACGGCUCCCCGCGGGACUACGCGGCCCCGGCCGAGGCCUUCGGCGGCUACCGCGAGGCGGGCGGGCCGGGCGCCUUCUUCAGCCCGAGCCCCGGCAGCAGCAGCCUGUCCUCGUGGAGCCUCUUCUCGGACGCCUCGGACGAGGCCGCCCUGUACGCCGCCUGCGACGAGGUGGAGUCGGAGCUGAACGAGGCGGCCUCGCGCUUCGGCCUGGGCUCCCCGCUGCCCUCGCCCCGCGCCUCCCCCCGGCCCUGGACCCCCGACGACCCCUGGGGCCUGUGCGGCCCGAGCCCCGCGCCCGGCGCGCCCCGGGCGCCCGAGGACGGCUGGCUGCUGCUGUGCGCGCCCCCGGGGCCGGCCGCCGCCUCCCCGCGGCCCGCCUCGCCCUGCGGCAAGCGCCGCUACUCCAGCUCGGGGACCCCGUCGUCCGCCUCCCCGGCCCUGUCCCGGCGCGGCAGCCUCGGGGAGGAGGGCCCCGAGCCGCCGCCCCCGCCGCCGCCGCCGCCCCUGGCGCGGGACCCGGCCUCCCCCGGCCCCUUCGACUACGCGGGCGCCCCGCCGGCCGAGAGCAUCCCCCAGAAGACCCGGCGCACCUCCAGCGAGCAGGCCGUGGCCCUGCCCCGGCCCGACGAGCCCGCCCCGUGCAACGGGAAGCCGCCCUCGGGCGCCGAGGAGCCCGGGGGUCCCCGCAAGGAAGCGGCCGGCAUGGACUACCUGGCCGUGCCUUCCCCCCUGGCCUGGUCCAAGGCUCGGAUUGGGGGACACAGCCCCAUCUUUAGGACCUCUGCCCUCCCCCCCCUGGACUGGCCGCUGCCCAGUCAGUACGAGCAGCUGGAGCUGAGGAUCGAGGUGCAGCCCCGAGCCCACCACAGGGCCCACUACGAGACGGAGGGCAGCCGGGGCGCCGUCAAGGCCGCUCCGGGCGGGCACCCCGUGGUGAAGCUCCUGGGCUACAGCGAGAAGCCGCUGACGCUGCAGAUGUUCAUCGGCACCGCGGACGAGAGGAACCUGCGGCCUCACGCCUUCUACCAGGUGCACCGCAUCACGGGCAAGAUGGUGGCCACGGCCAGCUACGAGGCCGUGGUCAGCGGUACCAAGGUGCUGGAGAUGACCCUGCUCCCCGAGAACAACAUGGCGGCCAACAUCGACUGCGCUGGGAUCCUGAAGCUCCGCAACUCGGACAUCGAGCUGCGGAAGGGCGAGACGGACAUCGGGCGCAAGAACACGCGCGUGCGGCUGGUGUUCCGCGUCCACGUGCCUCAGGGCGGCGGGAAGGUGGUGUCCGUGCAGGCUGCGUCGGUGCCCAUCGAGUGCUCCCAGCGCUCGGCCCAGGAGCUGCCCCAGGUGGAGACGUACAGCCCCAGCGCCUGCUCGGUGCGGGGCGGGGAGGAGCUGGUGCUGACCGGCUCCAACUUCCUGCCGGACUCCAAGGUGGUGUUCAUCGAGCGAGGCCCCGACGGAAAGCUGCAAUGGGAGGAGGCGUCCGUGAACCGACUGCAGAGCAACGAGGUGACGCUGACGCUGACGGUCCCCGAGUACAGCAACGCGCGGGCGGCCCGGCCGGUGCAGGUCUACUUCUACGUCUCCAACGGGCGGCGGAAGCGCAGCCCCACCCAGAGCUUCAAGUUCCUCCCGGUGAUCUUCAAGGAGGAGCCCUGCCUCUCCGCCCUCCCCGGUUUCCCUUCGGCGCCCGGCCCCCCCUUUGGCUCCGACAUGGACUUCUCCCCGCCCAGGCCCCCCUACCCCUUUCCCCACGAAGAGCCCGCGUAUGAGACGCCCUACCUGCCAGAGGGCUUCGGCUACGGCACACCCCCUCUGUACCCCCCGACGGGGCCCCCGCCGUCUUACAGACCAGGCCUGCGGAUGUUCCCGGAGACGGGGGGUGCCGCGGGUCGUGGCCCCCCGGCCCCCGUCUCCUUCCUCCCCCGCCCCUUCCCUAGUGACCCCUACGGAGGAGGAGGAGGAGGACGGGGCUCCUCCUUCCCCAUGGGCCUUCCGUUCCCUCCUCCGGCCCCCUUCCGGCCCCCGCUGCCUUCUUCCCCACCCAUCGAGGUCCCCUUCCCUCCCCAAAGCCGUGCUCACCCCCUGCCCGCCCGAGGGUACGGCGAGGCAGGGCCCGGCUUCGGCCCCGAGGAGGCUCCCCCCGAGCAGGAGAAACCCAGGGGCGGCUACAGCGGCGGCUUCCGAGACGGCGUCCCGAUCCCGGGCAUCACGCUGGAGGAAGUGAGCGAGAUCAUCGCGGACCUGAGUGGCUUUCCCGCUCCUCCCGGAGGAGAGGAGCCUCCCGCCUGAGCCCAGGCGCGUGGCCCGGCCCCGCCGCGCCCUCCUUUCCCCAGGCUGGGGCCCGCCCCGUGUUCUCUCUCCCCGUCGGCUCAGGGGUCGGGUGCUGCCUUGAAGGGCCGGGGAAGGGGCCGGAGACCCGACGGGGGGUGGAGGCGAUGUCCAGAUCGGGGUGCGGGGGACAGACGG